UUUGUGUCUGUCUCCUUCCAUGUCUCGUGCCUAUAAAUACCACCCCGAUUAAUCACUGCCUCCUUCGCCAACCAUAGUUAUCUGAAUUUCUCAGAAAACCCAUUUUCAUUGUCUGACGUUAGAGUUCGAGGAAGAGGAAGAAGAAGAUGAUGAUGGCUAAGGUUAGGGCUCUGUUGUUGAUGUCUCUUGUCCUCUGCUCGGCUUUGUCCUUCGCCGCGGCCCGACCUGAGCCUACCAUCACCCAUCAUGAGGGUAUGGUGGCAGAGAAAUAUGGGGAAGGAGUGGAAGCAGCGGCGAGUUGUGAUGGGGUGGGAGAAGAGGAGUGCUUGAUGAGGAGGACACUCAAUGCCCACAUCGACUACAUCUAUACUCAGAAGCAUAACAAUCCUUGAACGUACAAUUAUUAGAAGUAUAUUCGUAUGUGAUCAAUAAGAAACUGGAUUCAUAUAUCGAAUUAUACACAGUUGAUUUUGCAAUGUUUGAACUUGUUACGCUAUUAAUUUGGUUACGGAAUCGUCAAUUCCUCGAGGGAAACUUGUCUCAAUUUGAGUGUGAUCGAGGACCGCACGAGAGGACAACCUUGUACAUCAUAUCGCUAAAUUAUUAUUAUUUUUAGUUUGUAUAAAUUAUGAUAAAAAUAUAGGUGACCUAUAUAUGAA